AUGGUUUCUAUAAUAAGUCAGACUUUAAGAACAAAACAUGCUAGAAACAGAAACCUGGUAUUACAGAAUGAGAAAGAAACAGAUCUUUUAGUACAGAAAGGAAAAGAAACAGUGCAUUCACAUGUUAUAACUGUGGAGAAUUGGGAACAGAAACUACAGCUGACUACUCUUAGGCCUCAAACAAUCAGUAGUAGGGAGUUUAGCAAGACCAGCAUCAGUGGCAUAUUGAAAGAAAAAGAUAAAGGCAUCACUACUAAAACAAAAAGCUUGGUUGGCAACAAAGUUAGAAAGACUGUUAGAAGAAGAGGCAAUAGUCAAAGUAGAAGAGGGGCUUCAAAGACUGAACUGUUUGCUAGAAGUGAGCUUGAUAUUCUUAAGACCGAAAUCAGAAAGAAGAAAAUAGAGGCUUAUUAUAGAUCUGUGAAGAUUGAACAGAACCUUACCCGAGAAAUUAUUUCAUUUCAAAGGUCUAAAAACCUUUAUUCAAAUGGUAAGAAAGAACUGGUGAGUUAUAAUGAUGGAUCUGAAAGAUGGUUAUCACCACCUUCUAAUAGCAGAAAAUAUAUAAAAACUACUAAAAUUCAGAUUUCAAGAAGGCUGAUACCACUACCAUGUUCUAUUAUUCAGGUUAAGUCAGGUGAUGACAUCUGGAUUGCCUAUCCAGAGGUCAAUAUCUUGAAGUACCAAAGGAAUCAUGUAAUUGCUUCAGAUUUAAGACUAGUGACGAUAUUAGUAAUAAUUCCAGAUAAAAAAAUAAAAAUAGCGAAACAGGCUCUAAAACAUCUUGUAACACAACAAGAAGUUAUAACACAGUCAUUGGCAUCACUUGAUCAAUACAAUGUAUCACAAGCUGUAGAAGUGAAAUCGGAUAAUAAGGUUGUUAGCAAGGGCAAAAAAAGAUGCAAAUUGGUUGAUUUAAAAUUUGAAGAAGAAAAACAGUUGCCUAAAGCUGUCAACUGUUUUACACAAGACUGGAAAGGAGAAAUAAACUACAUGUAUGCUCCUUUAGAUCAAUUAGAUCAGAUCAGUAGAACUACUAAACAACUGAAAUUGGAAAUUUAUGGCAGUACAAAUGCUGUUCUGAGCAACUUGUUAUCACAAGCACAAAGCAUCUUGCUGCCAAAAUCAUCAUAUGAUCAUAAGUUAAUAGCAGUUUGGGGUGAUUUUGUUAACUUCUGUAAUGCAUAUGGACUAGUUACUUUACCAGCCUUACAAGACAGUAUAUUAGCAUAUUUAAUUUGGUCAUAUAUACAGGAAAGAACUUUGAAGCCCAUAUUUGUUCUAACAGCAAUAAUAAAUCAAUAUAGUGCACAAGAUUUACCAGACCUAACAAAAAAUUAUAAAGACCCAUUAACUGUUGAGGCAUUGAAAACUUAUAUAGAUAAUCCACCAAAGGGUGCAGAUUACAAAAUAUGGGCACAUGACUGUGCAUUAGUGGCAAUCAGCCUAUGCACAAUGCAUAGAGCAGUAGAGUUAACAGCCCUUUCUCUAAGUGACUUCAAAGAAGAGAAUGUUCUUCUAUAA